CCAACAACAUGAGCCGCCAAUUCACCUACAAGUCUGGAGCUGCUUCUAAGGGGGGCUUCAGUGGCUGCUCGGCAGUCCUCUCUGGGGGUAGUUCAACCUCCUACCGGGCAGGUGGCAAAGGGCUCAAUGGGGGCUUUGGCAGUCGGAGCCUUUAUAGCCUGGGUGGCACCCGGAGCAUCUCUCUCAACGUGGCCAGUGGCAAUGGGAAGAGUGGCAGCUACGGGUUUGGCCGGGGCCGGGCCAGUGGCUUUGCCGGCAGCAUGUUUGGCAGUGUGGCCCUGGGGCCCAUAUGUCCAACUGUGUGCCCACCUGGAGGCAUCCAUCAGGUCACUGUCAAUGAGAGUCUCCUGGAACCCCUCAAUGUGGAAUUGGACCCCGAGAUCCAGAAAGUGCGUGCCCAGGAGAGGGAGCAGAUCAAGGCACUGAACAACAAGUUUGCUUCUUUCAUUGACAAGGUGCGGUUCCUGGAGCAGCAGAACCAGGUGCUGGAGACCAAGUGGGAGCUGCUGCAGCAGCUGGACUUGAACAACUGCAAGAACAACCUGGAGCCCAUCCUUGAGGGCUAUAUCAGCAACCUGCGGAAGCAGCUGGAGACUCUGUCUGGGGACAGAGUGCGGCUGGACUCAGAGCUGAGGAACGUGCGGGAUGUGGUGGAGGACUACAAGAAGAGGUACGAGGAGGAAAUCAACAAGCGAACGGCUGCGGAGAACGAGUUUGUGCUGCUCAAGAAGGAUGUGGAUGCGGCAUAUGCCAAUAAAGUGGAACUGCAGGCCAAGGUGGACUCCAUGGACCAAGACAUCAAGUUCCUCAAGUGUCUCUUUGAUGCUGAGAUCACUCAGAUCCAGUCACACAUCAGCGACAUGUCUGUUAUCCUGUCCAUGGACAACAACCGCAACCUGAACCUGGACAGUAUCAUCGAUGAGAUCCGCAGUCAGUAUGAGGACAUUGCCCUGAAGAGCAAGGCUGAGGCUGAAGCCCUGUAUCAGACCAAGUUCCAGGAACUGCAGCUGGCAGCUGGCCAGCAUGGGGACGACCUCAAAAACACCAAGAAUGAAAUCACAGAGCUCACCCGACUCAUCCAGAGGAUCCGCUCAGAGAUUGAGAACGUGAAGAAGCAGGCUUCCAAUCUGGAAACAGCUAUUGCUGAUGCUGAGCAGCGAGGGGACAAUGCUUUGAAGGAUGCCCGGGCCAAGCUGGAUGAGCUGGAGGCCGCCCUGCACCAGGCCAAGGAAGAGCUGGCCCGGAUGCUGCGUGAGUACCAGGAGCUGAUGAGCCUGAAACUGGCCCUGGACAUGGAGAUCGCCACCUACCGCAAGCUGCUGGAGAGUGAGGAGUGCAGAAUGUCAGGAGAAUUUCCCUCCCCUGUCAGCAUCUCCAUCAUCAGCAGCACCAGUGGGGGCUUCCGGCCCAGCUCAGUCAGCGGCGGCUACGUGGCCAACAGCAGCAGCUGCAUCUCUGGAGUGUGCAGUGUCCGUGGUGGGGAGGGCAGGAGCCGCGGCAGUGCCAGUGAUUACAAGGAUACCCUGGGCAAGGGCUCCAGCCUGAGUGUCCCCUCCAAGAAAGCCAGCCGGUAG